CGCAACCCCUUCGAGUUGAAUCUUCGACGCUCUUCUUUAAUUCUCUUUCUCUUUCUCCUCUCUCUCUCUCUCUCUCUCCUUCUCUUUGCAUCCGUCCGCUUUCAGAGUUUGUUGAGCAAAAGGUGGAGUAUAACCUCAGCCUAUCCUCUGAUUCAAGCAAAUUCUUGUUUUGUAGGGAUAGGGUUUCCUCAUAUUCUCACCAGUUCCCGAUUCCCAAUUGAUCCCAAAAAUUUCAUCCAUUCUCGAUCGAUCGCACCCUGGUCUUUCUCAUUUUCCGAUCGUCCCCCUUUUCGCAAAUUAUGGUUGCGAUUUCUCCCAUGGUUUUUACUUCCACUAUUUCCAAUUCAAAUUUUCUCCCGAUCCUUUGUUCAUCUCACUGUUGUAGAAACUAUAGGUCUUCUCGCGUGUAAUUUUAUUUGGUAAAUAGAGGAAUAAACAAGUUAGGGUUUUUUUAUGGCGCUUUUUGUGUAAAUGGUCCUUUGUAUGUAAAUAUUGUGAAAAUUUUAAGAUUUUCUGUUAAAUUUGUGUUGUAAUUGUGAUUGUUUUUGUUUCGGGUUUCAACCGAGGCUAUGUAUAUUGAGGAAUUGAAAGUAGGGGAAGUUGGAGGUGUGGAAGAAGGGAAUUCAUGCCCUGGAAAUAACGAUUUUGCUAGCAGAAGCAUCGUUGGUUCGGAUGCCAAACGGGUUUUGAUAGGCGCUGGGGCUCGUGCGCUGUUUUACCCGACUCUGCUUUACAAUGUAAUCAGGAAUAAGCUUCAGGCUGAGUUUCGGUGGUGGGACAAGGUCGAUGAGUUUGUAUUGUUAGGUGCAGUUCCAUUCCCUACCGAUGUGCCCCGCUUAAAGGAAGUUGGAGUUUGUGGAGUCAUCACACUUAAUGAGCCAUAUGAGACUUUGGUUCCAACGUCUCUUUAUCAUUAUCACGGAAUUAACCAUCUGGUGAUUCCUACAAGAGAUUACUGCUUUGCACCAUCACUGAGUGAUACAUGUCGUGCUGUAGACUUCAUUCAUGAAAAUGCAUCUUGUGGACAGACAACAUAUGUUCACUGUAAAGCUGGACGAGGGCGUAGUACGACCAUUGUUAUCUGUUACCUGGUCCAUCACAAGCAGAUGACACCUGAUUCUGCCUAUGAAUAUCUGAAGUCAAUUCGUCCAAGGGUGCUUUUAGCCCCUUCUCAGUGGCAGGCUGUACAGGAAUACUACUAUAUAAUGGUGAAGAAAGCUGUUGUUUACAGCCACAUGACCAAUCUAAUGAUUCGAUCCUUGCAGUCUGUUUCCUCACAGGAUCUAGUUCCAUUCGACGAAGGUUCAGUAGUAGUGAUAACUGAAUCAGAUCUUGAAGGAUAUGAUGCAAAUCACCAAUCAGGUGCUGUGGGAAGUGAGAUAUGGGCAGACUUAAGUGUUGUCUAUCGGGUUCGAGUAGCCGGUCAGGCAGCUCUGGAAAGAAUCUCAUGUCUCUGGCUCCGCUGCCGUGCCCACCAGAAGAUGUCAGGAGAGAACUUCAGCAGGGAAAGCAGCUGCUCGAUGAGGGCUGAUCAUAUGGGAAGCAUUAAUGUGGACAUACAAGUCUACUAAGGAAAACCUCAUUAGAAUGCAUAUAAGAUGUUUGCUAAGCGUUCUUUUAUACUUUCUUUCUCGUACAGAAAAUGGAAAAUAAUGUUACAUUAGGCAGCACUAAACUGUGUUUUUCCUCCUGUAAUUUGAGUCCGCUACUUUAUCUUGAGUCGAAAUGAAAGAAAGUUGAGCAUUAUGGUAAUGAUGCAUAAAAUAUAGUGGUUAUAUA